CUUGAUUCACUUGCAACGUGUCAAUUGCACUGGCUCUCUCGCUGCUCUUCCCUCUCCCCUUUUCUUUUUUUUUUAUCUUCCGGGGAUGGUGACUUGGUAGCUGGGUGGCUUUUUAGUGACAUCCAGAAAACCCUUCCCAGGCAAGCGAUGGCUUAGAGAAGAAGAAGAAGAAGAAGAAGAAGAUGAGUUUCCACAAGGAGGAUGGUGUGGGGAGCCUGUGUCACAAGGCGCUGCAGAUCAUCUCAGAGCUGUGCCUGGGGGGACAGGUGGAGCGGGAGAAAUGUUCAGGCAUCUUCUUCCCCUUGGAGACCACCAAGCAAGGUAUAGGCAGCACAGACAUCUCAGUCAGUCUGCUAGCAGUAGUCGUCAGCUUCUGUGGGCUUGCCUUGCUGGUAGUCUCGCUAUUUGUCUUUUGGAAGUUGUGUUGGCCAUGCUGGAGAAGCAAACCUCUUAUUUCUAAUACCAGUAAUAUCCCUCAAAGCACCUGUAGUGCUCCUACUGAGGUUUUCGAAACCAACGAGAAAAAGGAAAUUAAAGAAAAUGGGAAACCUUCAGUGAAGGUACUUGAGGCUGCAAUGAAAAUUAGCCACACUUCACCUGAUAUUCCAGCAGAAGUCCAGAAUGCAUUGAAAGAACAUCUAAUUAAACAUGCACGCAUGCAGAGACAGAUCACUGAGCCUACAUCCUCAUCCAGGCAUAAUUCUUUCAGGAGGCACUUGCCAAGGCAGAUGCAAGUGUCCAGUGUUGAUUUUAACAUGGGGACAGAUCCGAUUUUACAACGGGGUGAGACAACAACCAGCAUUGGGCGAAUAAAACCAGAACUCUAUAAACAGAAGUCUGUUGAUGCGGAAGACAAGCAAGAAGAUGUGAAAAUCUGUGGGAAACUUAACUUUACUCUCCAGUAUGAUUAUGAAAAUGAACUCCUUGUUGUUACCAUUGUCAAAGCCUUAGAGCUACCUGCUAAAGACUUCACAGGAACCUCAGACCCGUAUGUUAAGAUUUACCUUCUCCCAGACAGGAAAAAGAAGUUUCAGACACGGGUUCACAGAAAGACUUUAAAUCCUGUCUUUGAUGAAACCUUUCAGUUUCCUGUAGCCUAUGAUCAGCUCAGCAACAGGAAAUUGCAUUUCAGUGUAUAUGAUUUUGACAGAUUUUCUAGACAUGACAUGAUUGGGGAAGUUAUUCUUGAUAACUUUUUUGAAGUCUCUGAUCUCUCCAGGGAAGCCACUGUGUGGAAAGACAUCCACUGUGCCACCACAGAAAGCAUAGAUUUGGGUGAAAUCAUGUUUUCCCUUUGCUAUUUACCUACUGCCGGGCGAAUGACGUUAACAGUAAUCAAAUGUAGAAAUCUCAAAGCCAUGGAUGUAACUGGCGCUUCGGAUCCGUAUGUCAAAGUCUCACUGAUGUGUGAGGGUCGAAGGCUGAAAAAGCGGAAAACAACUACAAAGAAAAACACACUUAAUCCAAUUUAUAAUGAGGCCAUCAUCUUCGAUAUCCCUCCAGAGAAUGUGGACCAGGUCAGCCUCUCCAUUGCUGUGAUGGACUAUGAUCGAGUAGGACACAAUGAGGUGAUCGGGGUGUGUAGGACAGGACUUGAUGCUGAAGGACUUGGAAGAGAUCACUGGAAUGAAAUGCUGGCUUACCCCCGUAAACCUAUUACUCAUUGGCAUCCAUUGGUAGAGUUACCUGGCCAGGCAACCAGUUUUGAUAGCCAGGGGUCUUGUUCAUCACCAAAACCACCACCUACACCCUAGGGCACGAGAACGGAUUCAUCACAUCCAGUGUCCAAGCUCCAUGUCCAUCACACCUACAUUAACAAAAGGUUUGGCUUCCUGAGAUGAACUGUAUCCAUAUUUUUGUAUUAAAAUAGAUUUUCUUCCUGUUCUAAGUCUUAUAUUAGAGUUUCUAAUAAUUUCUUAAGAAUGAAUUUCACUUGAGCCAAAAUACUCCUUCCUUAUGCAAAGAUAUUCAUUUUUCUCUCUGUCAUAAAGUAUUGUUUUGAUACAACCUGUUUCUUUGCAGAUGGAAGGAAAUCAGAAAAAAACAAAUACAUAUAUACUAGCACUUGAAAAUAAAUGGAGUUUAUGAUGCUAUUCCUUUUAAAGUAGCAAAAUUGUCAUAUACCGCACUUAUUUUGUAACUUGCCUAUAAAUUAUAAAUUUUGCACUAAACCGUAUAUGACCAUUAAAGAAAACGUUUACAGAUUUUGAUGUACUAGGAAAAAACAAUUCUAACAACAUAAUGUCCAGUUUCUCUAUGAUUGUCUUGAAUGUUACUUUGCUCACCGUGGGCCCGCACCAGAACCCACUGAAGUCAAUGGAAAGGAUCCUAUUGAAUUCAUUUGGUUUUAGUUCAGGUCCUAUGGAUCAUAUCCUGCAAAUGAAUGCAUGCAGUUGAACCCUUACAACAAUCCUACUGACAUUAUGGAGACAACUAUGUGGUAUUUGAUAUCCAAGCUAUUUUGACUGGAUGCCUUGUUCACAUGGGAUUGGUUCUGUUCUGUUCCUAUGAAUUUAAUAGGACUGGAUAAGUGUUUUUCUUAGAAUCAGGCGUCCAGUGAAAAUACUUGGGAUUAUGAAUUUGAAAUUUGCCUUCUGUCAAUAUAGUGAGGUAGAAACUUAAAUGUUACUAACUCAUAGAACAUUCCUGCUAGUAAACUCAAGAAUAUUCAAGGAAAAAAAAUACAAACUGAGCAUCAGUUAAAGCUAGUUGGUUAAAAAAACUGAACAAAUACUAGCACGUUACUUUGCAGUAUUGAUCCAAGUCUCAGUAAAACUCCAAUUUAGCUCAGUGAGAGAAUUUGUACUGAGUAAGAACAGAGAAAAGGCUGCAGGACUGGGCCCUGGACUUUUAAAGAUGAGCUACAAUAGGAAAAUUAAUUAGGGUUGUUCCCUUUUUUCUGUUUGUUUGUUUGCUUGUUUCUUUUUGACAUAUAAAGAAAGCCAGAAAGGUUUCAGUUUAAAAACAAAUCCCAAAACAGCUUAAAAUUAGAAAUGUAUGUCCUGUUUAUGCAGAAAAACUCCGUAAUGUUGGGAGAACUACCAAAUUCUGACAUGACAGAAGUCAAGAGAAUGAAAACUGAGAGGAGGGGAUUUUUACUCAGACUUAAAAAAAUCUUUUGGGUUUGGUUGGCUCUGUUAAUACCUAUUUAUUUCAGUGACUAACAUUUUGGAAAAAUAAUUUAUUUAUAAAAAUCCAUCACCUCCAGCUUUUUAAUUAGGGUGUGAUAGCUCCCAGGAAACAUGCUCUGAGAUGUCUAUUAUUUCCUCCAGAAAAACCACAGAAAGCUAGUCUUGAUGUUCUAGUAAAACCAAGCAUAAAAUAAUUACAUACACAAACACAUAGGCCAUCUUUCUAUAUUACUGUAAACAAAAACAAAAAAAGGGACCAACGGUUGAAAAAAUUCGUUGCAAACCACCUUUGCUGAAUCCUAUAGAAACUGUUUCCUUCUAGAGAUUUGGUCCUCUUGUCCCAUGGUAUUUUAACCCUCAAGAUUAUAUUUUAAUAAAUAAAUAUAUAUACAUACAGCCUUGCAAAGUUUUACUCAUCCACUUGCCUUGGGCAUGUAAAUUUUUUAAAUAGGAGAGUAAACUGUAAUUUGGUUUUCAUCACCAUCAUCAUCAUGAGAUUUUGUGCCUGGGCUGGUAAAUUUUCGUGAUAGUUUUGCAAGGCUGAUAUAGAGACAUACUUAUAUAUCUCGAGAUUCAAAAACUAUUUUGAGUAUACAUUUAUCUUAAUAUAAAGUAUUAUAGGAAAUGGGGUUUUGUGCCCCAAAAGUUACUAUUUUGUAAUGUGGUACUGUAACAGUUGACUGCAUAUUCUUUGCACUUUUUUGCAUCUAAUAUCCAAAAAAAGCUAACAAGUUCACAAUCAAAUGUAGCAUUAGUGUUCACUAAUGAACAAUAUCUUGUUUAUAACUGUUUCAUCAUUUUCUAUUAAUAUCAUGUAUGUUUUAUUAUAAGUGGCAAGAUAUUUAAAUGAUCUCUUUCUUGGAUUUAAAUUAUUAUCCAGAACCAAAGGAAUAAUAAUCCAGUUUGUGCUCUUUUUUUUGUUCAUAAAAUUAUUAAUAAUGGCUUGUGUUUCCAAACUUGAUUUAUGGGUGCUCUGCCCCUCUGAAAAACCAGGCUGCUUAAUUAGGUGCCUACUCAUAUGAGUUGAAAUACUUAAAUUUAGGCAUCCGACUUUCAAAAAAAAUCUAGCUGUAGAUUAUAGACUGUUUUUCUUAUUGUGCCCUUAUCAGUGAUGUAUUUAAGUAAUGUAAAAUGGUUUAUUUUUUCAUUGAUCCUUUGAGUAUUGAUCCUGCAAAGUUAAGUCUGUGCUUCAUUUACCAUGUGAGCAAUUCCAUUCUUUUCAAGGGGAUUUCUCACAAGUUAUGCAUGUGUGUAGCUUCUUGCAGGAUUAGGAGCCUUAGAUGAUACCAUUUUUUCUGAAGACCACCAUGUUAAAAGUGUACACCUUUGUCAUAAAAGUUCACUUAGAGUGAAAACUUAGCAAAGAAAGUCUCAGUGAAUGAAUAAAUAACUUUUCCUUCCAGCUUUUAAGAAACAUAAUUGUGCUUAAUUUGUAGACAAGGUGCAAAAAAAUUGAAGAAAUGUUUUGAUUACCUAUAUUUGCAUAUUUGAAAUAUCAUAAAUAUUAUUUUGAUUUAAACACAAUCAAACUUAGCAAGUGGUCUGUGUAAAAUAUAUUCCAAUAACAUCUGGCAAUUUGAAAAACUCACAUUUCUAAAAGCCUGAAUUUACCUUGAAUUGGCUGGGCACAGUAAUUAUUUUUCAUAAGAAAUUUUUUUGUACUACAGAAUUUGUAAUGCUUUCAGAACAGCAAACUCCACCCAUAUGAACUGUAUUUACAUGAUGGAUUAAGUGACUCCAAAAAAAUUGUUCAGCUCUUAUAUAUACUUACAAUAAUACACUAUAAAAUGGAAAAGCCUAAAUGCAAAUUUCUCCUAUGAGCCACUCUGGUCUCUUGGGUAAAUAAUGAAGUGUUUCCCCACCAUACUAAUGAGUUAAAAAAAAAACCCAUAAAACACAGUUUGAACAACAAUGAAGCUGUCCAUAGGUCUAUGCAAAAAGUUUGAGUGGAACUUGAAAACCAGGGUAGGUUUCGGUUUCUAGUGGGGCUGCAAACAAACAGAAGCAGAUGUUCACAAAUAGCCACUGAAACUGGGCUGAUGCAGUUCACACAUCGCCCUCUUUAAUCUGGACUGUAGAUCUGCCAAACUCCACUGACUUGUCUCUUCCCCCUCCAUCUUCCCAACACCUUGCCGCUUUUUUCCUACAACCUUUUCUCUACCAGGUUUGUAUUCAAGCAGCAGUAAUCUGACACUGACUUUCCCCUGUACUGCCUCAAGAGGAUUUCUGGCCUUAGAAUCUAUGAAAGCCCUUCUCAGUCCUCCUCAAUAGGUGCAGGAUGGCUACACCCAUUAUUUUCCUUCUUCAAGAAGCUGCCAUAGAAAGCCUCUGACCUUUCUCCAGUGUAUCAUGAUCAUCAGAGGUUCAGGAAGCAGCAUUACUCCCACUUCCUUCCCUUCCAGCAGCUGGAGAGGGAAAUACACUAUCUGGAAAUACACCAGCUGGAGAGGGAAAUACACUAUCUCUGUGCUACUAGCUGUUGCUAGAUUGAGUGGCAGGGCAGGGACUGCAGUAACCCAUAAAUACAUCAGGUUACACAUUUUCCAUCAAAAUGGCUUUUUUGACUAAAUGGAUUUUUUUUUCUCAAAAAUUUCCACGUUUGUUGAAAAUUAUGCUCUGGAUGCCCCUAAACAUCAGACUGCUAGAAGCUAGGACUUGCAACAGGAGGUGCUUCACUCAAUGAAUUGCCCUGUUUUGUUCAUUCCCUCUGAAGAAUCUGGCACCAGCCAUUGUCACAAGACAUGAUGCUGGGCUAGAUGGACCAUUGGUCUGACUCACUAUGGCCAUUUUUAUAUUCUUAUCUGGUUUUCAUCAAAAAACAAAACAUCCAAAAACUUGAAAUACUUUUGGUUUUCAGUGAUCAAAACCGCAAAUUAUUCAGUUUAAAACCAAAAAAUUCAGAAAUAACAUUUCAAUGAAAAUAAGCAAUUUUAAUUUUCAUCAAAGUUUUUCUCAGGAAAAAACUAAUUUCUAACCACAUCUACCCAUAAGGCUUAGCAAUUUGUUCAGUUUCCAGGGAAUCCUUACCUAGUCAUCCUUUCCUCUUACUUUUGUAUUUUCAUUUAUUUUCUGUUGGCUUUUAUUUUAUCUAUUUGGAAGCCUUGACUAUCAGUUUCUAGGGUGAUGAUGAUUAACCCAUGAAGAAAAUAUGUACCUAGAUGGUUUCUGGGAUAUAAACGGUCUAUGAUGCUUCAUAAGUUUCAUUGGUAGAUUUAUACUUUGCACAUAAACACUUUAAAUCAUUUUUUAAAAGCAUAAAUGUUGGAGAAUUUAAGAAAUUAUAUUAACACUCACUAGGGGCUUAUCUACCUGGCAAGGUACUGCCCGGCAAACCAGGGUGUUACUCUACAGUUUGCCAUGGAGUAAUAUCCCAUGUAGAUGCUGCUACAGUGCACUGAAAAUCCCAGAUCAUGGCUUGGUCUACAGUAACUCGCCCUGUGGGAAGCCAUAGCAGCAUUACAUAUGUAACGGGACUAUUUUAGUGUUUAAAAAGCUACCUUUUCAAAGGAGUUCAAUAAAUAUGCCAGCAAAAUUUGAGAAAGUAUUUAUCUGAGCAUGCAAAAAUCUACUUUUGAAAAUACUCUAGUACUUACACACACAAUAUAUGUAAUCAUGAUUAUUUAGCAUUUACGAUGCAAUAGGAUCCAGAAGCCCAAUGAGAAAUAGGCUUCCAUUGGUGCUAGAUGCUAAACAAAAACAUAGGAAGAGAGAUUCCCUGACUCAAAGUACGGGUUUUGUGUGCAUUCAAAUGAAUGUGCUUGAAAAUUCUGUUGACAUAAAAUAUGACCUAAAUGUGCAUUGCUAAGUAGAUUGUGAGGCAGCUUUUGGACCAGAGAUGAUUUAAAGUCAGUCAGAUAAGCCAGCGAUGGGUAGAAUUAUUGAAUAUUUUAGAGAGAAAAUGUUCUUGGCUCCUCGUUCCUCUUAUAUGAAACGAGACCCAGUUUUGACCUUUUAUUCACAAACUCACUUCCAGCUGGCUUAUGAGGAUCAUUCAAAAAUCUAAGCACUCAACUUCUAGAAAAUUGUACAACUGCCAAACAUGAUGGAAUACAGAGCUAUUGAAAACAUAGGAUAAUAACCAGGAUGAGAUUGUGAUAAGAACCGCACAACUGCAAAGUUGGUGGAACAAAACACUUCUUUAGAGCAGGUAAUCUUUGUGAUAUUCAUGCUGUGUAUUCAUUCUUCAUGAUGGGCCUCAAUGCACUAUUGAGGCAGUGAUAAAGAGGGUGCCUAGAAAGGUUGUGGGAAGGGGAAACAGAAGCAGCAAGUAUAGAAAUGAAGUGAGAUGCUGAACUGUCUUUUGUCAUAGUCAUGACAAAUGAUACCUUACAUCUGAUGAAGUGAGCUGUAGCUCACGAAAGCUUAUGCUCAAAUAAACUGGUUAGUCUCUAAGGUGCCACAAGUACUCCUUUUCUUUUUGCGAAUACAGACUAACACGGCUGCUACUCUGAAACCUUACAUUAAUAUAGUACAUUUCAUCCCAAAGCAUUAUAUGAAAUGAACUCAGUUCUUAUAUACAGAAAUGCCUUCUCUCAUUUCUGGGUUAGAGGUUGGCAGCUGUUCAGCAACACACAGGAAAAUAAGGGCUGGAAAUCCAAGAGAAUAAUCUAUCCAAAUGAAACUACAUGAGGGAUUUAUAUACCAAAGAGGAAAACGGAACUAAUAUCUCCUAUCUUGUGAAAAGUGCUACAAGGUUCUUAAAGACAGUAAGUGCUCAGGGCCUUGGUUUUAUGUCUUACCUGAUAGACAGCAUCUCCAAAAACAUUGCAUGACUCAAGAUACACCACACCUCAAAUGCUUGAGAGUUGUUAAGGGACAAUGCCUGAACUGUUAUCUCUGAAGACUUUACCUCCUCCCCAGUCAACCUGCAAAACUAGUUUUGUUCAGAAAGCUCACCGCCUGAGAACACAAAAACAAAAGGACUAUAGCAGUGAGGGUCUCUUUCUCUCAGGAGAUGGGGGAUUUGUUCAUGGGAACCAGACUAAGGUGCAGGCACCCGCUGAAAGGGCCUGCAGAAGUGAGGCCUGCCUAGAUUACCUCAGGGUAUGGCAAACAGUUAAGUAAAAUAGACAUGCAUGUAAACUGUGGGCAUUUUAAAAUUCUUUUUCUCUAAAUGCUUUCUUCCUUCUGCCAAAAUAAACAAUCCAUUUGUUUUAUGGAAGUGAUUUGGCCAUUAUGUACAUCACUGGUCACAGACUCCCAAAGGGAAGAAUGACAGGUAACUAAACCCAUUUAGAUGUGCUGGGUAAGAACGGUCAAUACACAGGGUGUUGUAGCCCAGGGCCUGGUCUAAAAAUGGGGGAAUUCGGGAAUUCCAUCCAGGAGAGGUAAAGUCAUGAGGCCUGAUGCCUGAGGGGGCGCGCGCAGGAAGAGGACAGAGUUGCCGUUCGUCCUGUAACCCUGACAGCUGCAUCACUCGCAGGUAGCUUUGCCAUUUAUAUAUUAUGCAGACAAUCCCAAAUGAAUGUCAAUAAAAGUUUUCACCUGAACACACUGUUGUAGAUGCACAUAUUUUACCCCCCAAAAAUAAAAAUGAUAAAUAUUUGAGAUUUUAUUUAAAAUGUAAGAGUAAUAUUUUUGGUAUUCUUCACCUGGAAAGCCAAGCUCCUUUAGGAGCAGAGAGAGGGAGAAAGAUUAUGGAGGUGGGGGCCUGUGUUGUUUAAUCAAAUGAAUCCAGAGUGAGAGCUGCAUGAAAAUGAAGGAGAAAGGGAAAUGAGGAUUUAACAGCAUAACAAGACAUUUAGCUCCCUUUUUUAGCAUCCGAGUCACUAACUCAUGGUGAGAGGGGAGAAGAGCCAAUUGAGCCUCUGAAGAGCACUUGAUUUUUAUGA